GUUCUUUAGUCAGCAAGCGACCGACCGACCGACCAACCAACCACGUAGUUUCUUUCGGUAUUUCAAUGUUAAAACUAAGGUAGUACCUAUUGAAUUAAUCCCGUCCCGCUUCCAUCCCGAGCGUCUCUAGCACCAAAGGCGUGGCGUGCUCUUCAACCUCAGCUCCACCGGGCCAUUCGAACCCUUCGAAAUUUGAUUCAACAACAAUUCUGAUGGCUUCAAGUUCAAUCUUACCUCUUGAGAUUUUUGAGCAGAUUGCGAGCUGGCUUGAAUAUGAGAGUGACAUAAAUGCUCUCGCUCGUACCCAUAGGGCUUUCUACCAUUUUGGGAACCCGAUGCUGUACCGACACAAUGUGCGCCAUGGGAAAGGCUCGGCGUUAGGCUGGGGGGUCCAACAUGGAAUCCUGGCGACCGUGCAACGAGCUUUUGAGGCCGGCGCCUCGGCAGAAAAGUGCGGCGAUGCCGAGAUUGAAUGGCGACCGAUGGCGCUGGCGGUGGUCGAAGGCCACGAGGACAUUGUGUGGUACUUGUAUGAACACUGUAGGGUCAAUAUUCGUCGCACGUGGGGAUGGAUGAAUCCUUGUCAUGAGAGAUAUGGCAAAUAUCCCGGCAGUCUGCUGCUGCUGGCCGCCCAGAAUGGUCAUGAGAGCCUCGUUCGCUUCUUCGUGAAUCACCUCCCGCGGCCGUACCAUGUCGAUCAUCCAGCGGAUCCGGGUGAAGGAACGCCGUUGAUGGCGGCUGCCAAAGGGGGGCAUCUAGCCAUCGUACACCUGCUAGUCGAGGCGGGAGCGAAUCUCGAGGUCCAGAAUCGCAGUCAAAUGACCCCGCUCAUGUUAGCCGCGGCGCACGGUCAUCUGCAGGUUCUACAGUUCUUGAUGCAACAGGGCGCUGACCCCACCGUGACCCAACCGAACGGCUGCUCUGCCCUGUGUUGGGCAGCGGGGAGGGGGCACGUCGAGAGCGUUCGCUGCCUGCUCGAGGAGGAUGUGAUUACACGGUUGACUUGCCACACUUUGGGGCCGUCGGCGCGGCAUCACGCGGCCAUCUGUCCCCUCGGGUGGAGCGGAUGGUUAAGGCACGACGAGGUAGUCGCCCUGCUUCUAAAGAAAUGGGACUAUGCAGCGAGGACGAGUCACCCAUCCGAUAAGGGUGUACUCUUAUGCGUGGCUGCGGGCCUUGGAUAUACGUCCCUAAUUCGGGACCUGCUUGAGAACCAUGAGUACGAUCCCAAUGCUCGAUUGAGUCUGAUUCGAACGCGGUGGGACGAACUACCGACGGCUCUUUGCUGGGCUGCCGCCCGAGCUCGCGUCGAGGUGGUCGAGGUACUCCUCGCGCAUAGUGCUGAGGUUUUGCCGGCGCAGACACGGGAGUACCGGAAUCCUUUCAUCCAGGCCAUUGUCCACGGUUCAGAUACCAUGGUCUCUCUCUUUCUGCGCGCCGGGGUAAACCCAAACGACCAGGAUCGAAGUCACAACUUGGAUCACCUUGUAGCUCCGGCGCUGAAGCAUGCCAUCCCAUUCGAGAGCAUCUUCCGCCGCCUGCUCGUCGCCGGGGCUGACCCUACCGCUGCUGACAGCAUGAAGUACUCAGUCAUUGCCCAUGUCCUAAGAUCCGGCCGGACGGUCGUCGUCCAGAUGCUUAUCGAUGAGGAUCUGGAUCUCUCGCUCCACUUGACUCGCUCCAACCUGUUGCACGAAGCCGUCCGCGGCGGCCGCGCGGUUCUCGAGCUUCUCCUCAAUACCGGUAAAUGGGAUUCCUUGCUCUCGCCCGGCCAUCUGGACCCUUCCAUCUGCGAGAAAGCUCUCGGGAUUGCCGCGGAGACCGCGCAGGUCGAGGCUCUGCAGUGGCUGCUGGAUCGAGGGUUUUUGCCAGUCCGAGGUGCCCAGUCGCCGCCGCCCAAGGUCCAUCUCCUGAGCCUUGCGGCACUCACAAAGGCGGCCGAUGAGGACGCCGCGGCCACUCUGGAUCUCCUUCUGCAGGCCGGUCUAGACAUCGAUGAGACGAUCGCCUACACAACCGCGCUGCAGAGUGUGGCCCGGCAUUAUCACCUGUAUGGCGAGUCGGAACGCUUUCGCGUGCGCUCGCGCAUGCUGCUCGAGCGCGGUGCCACUCUGUUGCCGCCCCAAAGCCUCCCGCAGGCCACGCGCUACGACACCCUCUCGGGAUUUAACAUCCGCCUCAUCGGUCAGCACCCUGAGCUUGACGUCAUGAUCUUUCAGGAGUUGGAGGCACGCCGUGAGCCGUGGUCGGUGGUAAAACAUCUGUUCAGGUGGGCGGACCAUCGUGCGCGCGAGCGCCAGAAUUGGAAGCAUGUCCGGGUCAUCACACAGCACUCGUGGCGAGUGCGGUACCCUGUUUGAACUCGCUUCCUGUAUGUGCUGGAGGCUCUGCCUCACAUUGGUGGUAACAGUGAGAAAGGUACCCAGGAUAUGGAUAACUGAAUGAAUGACUCACCAUCACGAUGGAAAGAAACGCCUGGUUGCGGGUGGACGGAGUCCCCCGCUGAACUGUGGCACACAGUUGUCAUGGCAAUGACGUCCAUCAUUGACAUAAUCCAGAACCCGAACAUCCAAAGAGGUGACCAAGUUGGCCCAGAGGUCAAUUUGCGAGAUGUAAUCGAGGCAAUGUGGUAUAAUCUAAAACUAACUAGCAUUCCCAGAUAUAUCUUCUAUAAGUAAUUUAGAAGUAUUCUAGAG